GGUUAAACUCGCCUCCUGGAAACGUUGAGUAGUUAAAUGGUCGCGGUCGUCCUGCAGGCGCUUCACGGGGACGCGGACUCGAUUCCCUGCGUGUGGGCAGGCGAGUUAACAAUUACGCCCCCCCCCCGCGGGAGGUUACAGUUUAAAUACCCGCACAGGUAACACAGCCUCACCUGGAGCACAGCGGGGCGGAGGCAGUGGCUGACACGAUGUCCACGGCGUUCCGGGCCAUGUUUUCCCUACUCACACCAAACGAAUCAUCUUUCCAGAAAGUGGAGGAUGUUCCUCCGUAUGUGCAGCAGGCCACUCCUUUCUUUGUAGGGCUGAUAUUUCUGGAGCUGGCGGUGGGCGUGCUGAAGACCGGAACCACGGUGGUCACCAUCAGCGAUGGACUCACCUCCAUAUCAGCUGGGAUGAUCUCCAGACUCCCAUCGGUGUUGAUGAGAGGCUGUGAACUGACUGCUUACAUGUAUGUGUGGGACCGGUUCCACUUGGUGGAGCUGCCCUGGGACUCUGCCUGGACCUGGUGGCUCACAUUCCUGGGAGUGGACUUCUGCUACUACUGGCUCCACCGCUUCGCUCACGAGGUGGCCAUCCUGUGGGCUGCUCACCAGGUUCACCACAGUUCAGAGUACUACAACCUCACCACCGCCCUCAGACAGUCCCUGACCCAGCAGUUUACAUCAUGGAUUUUCUACUUGCCAAUGGCCCUGGCUUUACCUCCAUCAGUCUUUGCUGUUCACAUCCAGUUAAAUCUGCUCUACCAGUUCUGGAUCCACACAGAGCUCAUCCGAGACCUUGGACCUUUGGAGUGGGUUUUCAACACCCCAAAACACCACCGAGUUCAUCACGGGAGGAACCAUUAUUGUAUUGACAAGAACUACGGGGGAAUUCUGAUCAUAUGGGACAGAUUGUUCGGUACUUUUGCUGAAGAGACAGAUAAAGUGGUGUAUGGCCUGGUGUUCCCCAUCAAGACUUUUGAAAUCCUCUAUGUUCAGUUUCACUACUAUUCGUAUUUGUGGAGAAAGUCCAAGACUUACAAAGCGAUCAGCAACAAAUUGUCAACUUUCAUCAAAGGUCCGAGUUGGAAACCUGGUAAAUCUAGGCUUGGGGACCACGUUGACAAUCCCAAGCAGUGUAACGCAAAAACUACUGGAGGGAUUUCCACAAAACUCGGUGGAACAAAGGGAAAUGGGCCAAGAAAGGACCCAUUAAAAGUUACCGGAAAGGAAGUGCCUCAUGAUCCCAGCUGGCCGCUGCCUUUACAAGUUUAUGUGGUCAUACAUUUCCUGCUGGUACUGCAGAUUUACCACGAUUUGUUUGAAAACAAGAUGAUGCUGUCCCAGUUAACCAUUCUGGGGAUGACCAACUACAUUCUGUUGACUCUCACCGCCCUGGGCUUCAUCAUUGACCAGAGACCAACAGCGGCCGUCUUGGAGAUGCUACGCUGUGUUGUCAUGGUGACAUUGCAGAAGUAUGGCUACAUGAAGCCCCUGAUGCCUUUGCUGGCUGUGCCCACAGAGGCCUUUGUCUCCCUCUCUCUGCUGUACUGGGCUGUGCAGAGCUUCUUGCAGCUGCUCAGCAUCAAGAGGAAGACCAACUGAAUGGACACACGGCGACACCGACAGGAAGGCGGGAGAUUUCAUCUUUUUGAGUUGUAAUUGUUGACGUUCUUCCUUCACUCUAUUCUCAAAGUUAAAAAGUGUACAGCCUCAUUUGUUCUGUAUGUGGUUUCCAUCAACUUCCUCCAAGUGAAAUGAAACAAAAUAGUUGUUUCAGCUUGACUUUUUACGUAUAACUGACUAAAGAGUUUUAAAAAAGAGAAUUAAAAUGAGCUAUAGGACAAAGCAAGGUAAUCAUCAGUUGAUCGAUUUAUUCUGAUAGUUGUAUUCUUUUUAUUAGUUGUUUAAAAUUAAACUGUUGUAACAGAAGGGCAACAGUGCAAAGUACUAAUCGAUUAACAUGGUUUAAUAUGAGCCACUGGGAACAGUGUUUUUUUUCCUCAAACUUUAAAUAUACAUAAUAUAGUUUUCCUCUUAUUAAUGUUCACAGCGAUGCCUUUUAAUUUCAAUUUUUGACAAGCAACACCGUACAGUAUAUACUAUUUCACAGCUCAUUGCAAUAAAACAUUUGUAAUUUAGCUUUACCAGUGUCCAUUUCAUGGAUCAUAAAAUCAUAUAGGCCAGAUGGAAUAUUAUAGCAUGGAGGUUAUGCAGCAGCGUGUCGUUAUUGAGAUUAUAGUUCAUCCUGGAGCCUUCAGAUCUUGUGUGGGAGCUGCAAACAGUCCACAGCAGAUGGCGCUGUUAUUCCUUCCAUACCAUUUCGAGACAAUGUUAAUUUAUAUCGACAUCUUGCUGUCGUGAUGCAUUCGGCCCCUCUGACAUGGCAGCAUUUUCUUUUAACAUGUGGCUCUCUGAUAAGUUGGGGCCGUGGGGUGCAAUGUUAGUACAAAUUUGAAUCCCUGUUUCUUUACCUUUGGUAUUUGUACAUUUACUCUAACUUGCAUGAAAGCUCUCCUGAACAAGUGGGUUGGCGACACUGUGUCUAGUCCUUAUUUCAAAGGCACGUAUCUGGCAGUAAACGGGGAUGAAGUAGCACAUUUGUUUUCUGAAGCAAAAUGAUGCAGUAUGGGUGACUGGUUUCCACCAUAGGAUGACCAGUCUGAUGCAGACAUUAGUUCUGACAUUGAUGUCUGGGGACAUUUAUCCUGUUUCCCAAGAGUUUUAUAUGUUAAAUGAGUAGAUUUAUCAGUUCAUGAUGAGUUAACCUGAACCUGUAUUGAUGGAUUGUAUUCACUGAUGUUAUGAUCAAUUUAUAUUUCUGUUUGAGUGACCAUUUUAUGGCCACAGGGGGAAUUGUGGUGUCAAUUUCUCAUAUAAUCAUGUAUUUUACAUAUAUUCUGUUUAAAUUGUGUUUAUGGUAUGUCGGAAAGACUGUUUAGGAGAAGCAAUAAUUAGCUGAGCCUGGAGUAUGGUGAAGUAGCUCUGAACCAGCUGAACAGACUCUGUUUUACUUUUGACUUUGUUCAAUUAAAUAUAACUUGCAGACAAACUUGUUAUAUUUCAAUGAUUUUUGGUUCAUUUCUCGAAGAAAUUAAGAUUUCCACCACACCUAUCAUAAUGUAUUUGUUAGACGUAACGACGUCCACUGAUGAGCUGAGGUCAAGCAAAAGCAAACGAUUGCAUGUAGAAUGAGAACAGAAGAAUCAAAGGUAAAAAAAAUAGCUGACUGUAAUUUGAGGUGGGUUUUUUUACAAGGUGAGAUUAAGUUAAGUGUUUUAUAUGAAAACGAAUAAAAAAAUGUCCAAAAUUUGUUGCAAAUGUUUUAAAACAACAUGUUGACUAAUAAAAAACAGUGCAUCAUG